AGGCCCAUAAAAACUCCCACCGGUCAUGCAAAUAUCAAAUUUCUCUUGCCCGCUCAACCCCUCUACAUAUAUGCUACAGAGAUCUUCAUCGACAGCUGAGACACACAGCAGAAGCCAAACCAUGGUAUCUACCAAAGAAGAAGACCUGAUCUAUGGCGUUCGCCAUACCUCCGUUGGACCGAGCCGAUCGACGGGGUCCGGCGUGGUUCAUGUGCUAAGUGGCAUGGACUUGGCCAUGAAGCUCCACUAUCUCAAAGGGGUCUACUUCUUCAACAGCCACGCAGUUGAAGGACUAACCGUGGUGCGCUUGAAGGAAACCAUGUUCGAGUGGCUUAAUCACUACUACUACACCAGUGGCCGGCUCUGGAGAUCGGUGGAGUCUGGCCGGCCGUACAUCAAGUGCAAUGACUGUGGGUCCAGGUUCAUCGAGGCCCAAUGUGACAAAACGGUUGAGGAAUGGCUGGAGACGAGGGAUUGGUCCCUUGAAAAGCUGCUUGUGUCCCAACAAGUAAUCGGACCUGAACUCUCAUUCUCUCCCCCACUUCUAAUGCAGGUGACCCAGUUCAAAUGUGGGGGGAUGUCACUGGGCCUGAGCUGGGCACAUAUCCUUGGAGAUGCAUUCUGUCUUUCAGAUUUUAUAAACGGAUGGGGCCGGAUCUUGGCUGGUAUUCGGCCCAACAGCCCAUCCAAAUUUCACGAACCCGACCCACAGAUUGAGAGACCCAAACACCCGCCACCGCUUUCCGUGGAGCAGGUCGACCCGGUUGGAGACCAUUGGAUAACUGCCGAUAACUGCAAAAUGGACACAUUUUCAUUCCAUGUAACCGCCAGCCAGUUAGCCAUCCUUCAAUCAAGCCCAAACCAAACGGACGAAAUUCCAAUAUUUGAAUCUCUUUGUGGCGUUAUUUGGCAAUGCUUUGCCAAAGUUAGAGAGGGGAGGGGUGAACCAAAAACGGUGACAAUAUGCAGAAAAGAUCCGACCAGACCCACCAAUGGGAUUGUAACAAACACUCAAAUUAUAAGCUCGAUUAAGGCGGAUUUUUCUGUAAUGGAGACAAGCCCAAAGAAAUUGGCAAAGUGGAUACUUAAUCAAGCUGUGGAUGAAAGAAGGCAGAUUGAAGAAUUGGUGGAGAGCGAUGGUGGGGUUUCAGAUUUCAUUGUAUAUGGAGCAAAUUUGACGUUUGUGGACUUGCAAGAGGCUGAGUUUUACGGGCUGGAGUUGAAUGGGCAUAAACCGGAUUCGGUGAGUUUCAGUGUACAAGGCGUGGGAGACGAAGGAGCUGUUUUGGUGCUCCCAGGCCCAAAAGAUUGUGGCGAAGGAAGGGUCGUCACAAUAAUUCUUUCGGAAAAUGAAGUCCGGGAGCUGAAAUCUGAGCUGGGGAAGAAUGGUCUACUGUUUGAGGGUAAUCUGUAGAGAAUGGUAUUUCAGUAAUUUGCAGGUUUCGGGGAGGGAUAGGAAAUUCAGUAAUGGGCCUUUAUCCUUGGGCUACUUCAGUCUGUAUCCAGAAUUGUUUGUAUAAUUAAAUCCACACACAUAUUAUCUUGCCAA